AUGGAAAAUCGCCUAAUGUCAACUUUUAUUCCUACUGACAGACAGAUUAACACUGAAUGUGAUGACCAGCCAGUAUUUGCAUCUUGUUGUACAAUUGAUGAAACAUCAACAACUGAUGAUUUUAAUAGUUGUGGUCAUUCUACACACUUUGUUCUGAUAUAUAUACCGAAGUUGUGGCUUAAACAAUGUGCAUCAUUACUAAGACCGGAUUUAUCAAUCGAUAAACAAGAACUCAAUAAUUGUAUUCAAAAGUUAACCGGUGGGCAAACAGCUUGGCUUGCCGAACUCGCUAUUCGUAGUUUAGUUUUGUCUAAGGCACAAAUUGAAAAUCUUGUAUAUGAUCUGGGUUUGCCCAUAAAUCUGAUUGCUGAUAUUGAUGAGUAUAUUUUAUCAAAUCGUCCUGCUUUAUUCAUCUUAGAGUGUUUAGGACUAAUAUCUAAUUUUACUAGAAGUCAUGAUAAAAUGGAAAGACGAUCUAUAUGGACCGAUCAUUUCUCCACUUUAAAUGUAUUUCCAAAUUCUGAAAAAUUACGUCAGUAUUUUGGUGAUUCAGUUGGAUUUUAUUUUGUUUGGAUGAAGUCAUAUUGUGUUUAUUUAACUUGUCCGUUGAUCGCUGGUUUAUUGUGUCAAGUGUUCAACGUACUAAAUGGUCAACAUUCUGAAGAUAAGCACGUAUCACUAGGAAUUCAUUUAUUCUAUACUGUUUUUAUGAUAUUAUGGGCUGUUAUCUGUACUAAACUGUGGCAACGUGAGUAUAUUUCUUGUGUCGAUCGAUGGUCUGGCAAUGCCUUAAUUGAAUUAGCAGCAAAUGAUUUAACAUGGCUGUUUAACUUUAUUGAUCAGAGACCAACUUUUCAUGGAACUUGGAGACAAAGUCGCGUUACUGGUUUGAUGGAAUUGCACUAUCCCGCUGCUAAACGUCGAUUACGUUAUAUGGUAUCCGGCCUCAUUACAUUAGCAUGUUUGUCAUGGGCUAUAUUUGUAAAUAUCGCCUUAUUGAAUAUGGAAGGUUUUAUCGUAGCAGAAAAGUCGCCAUGGUUUCAUAUAGGAUUAGUAAGUCAAUUCGCUGAACCUGAUGCAAUAUUUGAUCCGAACGCCAAUGGAAUAUUAUCAUAUAUUCCUGGUGUUUUACACUCUUUAAUGGUUUUCGUUAUGAAUCAAAUGAUUUUUCGUGUUAUUGCUGAACAUCUAACUGAAUGGGAAAAUCAUUGUACAAAUAAAGAUUAUGAACAUUCAUUGAUUAUAAAACGUUUCUUAUUUGAAUUGGUUGAUGCUUAUGGUGGUUUAGCUUAUUUAGGCUUUAUUUUAGCUGAUCGUUCGGCAUUACGUUCACUUUUAUUAACAAUGUUUGCUACUGAUUCAAUAAGACGUUUAACACUUGAAUGUAUUAUACCAUACAUAGUUUAUCGAUUUCGUGCAUGGAAAGAAAAACAAUCAAUUGGUUUAAUUAAACGUAAUCAAAACAGUGAGAAGCCUGUAUAUCAAAUACGUGUUGAACGUGAAUUAUGCGCAGAUAUUUAUGAAUCAUUUGAUGAUUAUUUAGAAAUGGUUUUACAACAUGGUUAUCUUGUAUUAUUCGCUUAUGCAUCACCAUUAUUUAUUGCAAUUUUAGCUAUAUUAUGUACAUUUCUUGAAAUACAUUUUGAUGUAUUCAAAUUAUUUUGGGUAACACAAUGUCCUAAAUCGAAUUUAUUACUUAGAGGACAAUCUAUAUGGUUAUUGCUAUUAGGUAUACAAGCUUGGUUAUCUGUAUUAACUAAUGCUGGUUUAUUAAUAUCAGAAAUUCAUCGAUUAGAAAUGUUAACUGAUGUCACAGCAAGCACUAUAUUUUUAAUAUUUGAACAUUGUCUUAUAUUCAUUGCUUUGUGUAUACACUUUUUAAUAUCUGACAUACCAGUUACUGUACGAGAUGCUAGAUUAGCUCGAGAUUUCGCUAGAGCACGUUUGCUGAAUCCUAAAAAAGAUAAUUAA